AUGGAAAAAGUGCUCUUAUCAACAGCUAAGCCUAUCGUGGAGUAUUCUUCAACGUGUCCUCGUGACAGCACCUGCAAGCUAAUGCAGCCUCUUCUACUACUUCUGUCAUGGUUUUUGGUAAUCUCAAGGGCUCAAGUAGUUGCCACUACCACAGCGGCACAAAUGGCGACAUCUACGCCAACGGAACAAAAAGUAGAGUUGUCCGAAACUGCGGACAACUCUACUUAUCCGACCUUGGACAUUAUGCUCCUACAUUUUGAAAAUCUACCGGGUGUUCUUGCUGAUGGAACAUCUUGCUCGCCUUUCUCGUUCAUUAACGUACAAUGCACUAUGGAAAUGAAAAUCACGGUGGAAAUAGGGGACGAUAAACCUAUUAUGAUGGGAUUAGGACGAGUGACAUCCAGUUCAAAUAAGGUCGACUUCACUGAGGCUAACUAUUCAGAAUGGACGAAUCCGUACACUAUUUCUUUGGGAAAUAAAACAUACCAGGGAUUCAAUCUUUCGGUGGAAAUAACGAGUCAUAACGUUUCGAUUGAUUCGUGGAUUCAUCAAUUUGCUGAUGAAUCACAACUGCAAGGUGUUUCCACAUAUACUAGCACUCGUGGAGGAUCUAUGGGAACAACAUUAACAGUGGCGUGGACGACUAAUAACGUUUUCCCGCCUGCCACCCCAGCUCCGACAGAGCAGACUGCCUCAACACCUACUCAAACAAGGACUACACCAGGUGGAAUUCUCUAUCCAAAAUCCUGUGAUGACAUUAAAAGCGAUAAAACGGACGGUCCUAAGCAAAUCUACAUCAAUAACACAUCCAUAUUUGUGUAUUGUCAAUUUGGUGCUGAUAAGGCCUACACCGUAAUACAAAGCCGCGGUUCUGGCGACAAUGAAACGUUCAACAAAACAUUCGAGGAAUACAAAGGACCCUUUGGCAAACUGGAUGGGCCUAACAAGAACAACAAUUUCUGGCUUGGCCUCGACAACAUGGUUGCACUUACUGCCGACGGUGGCUACGAUCUUCUUAUUGAACUGUGUUGCAGUGGUAAAUCGAUUCAACAGCAGUUUUAUCAUAAUUUUACGAUAUCUGCUGGAGACUAUAUCCUAUCUGCAGAGGCAGAAGUGCCAAAAAUAGGACUUGACUUUAUCUCCUCAAAUACAGGAGAAAAGGAUAUUAACGCAACGUUUGCUACCUAUGACAAUUUGAAGGACGAUAUGCUGGAGGGAUGCGAUAUUCUAAGGUAUUAUGGAAAUGAGAGUACACCUAUUUUAAACAAACAAACAGGAGGAUGGUGGUUUGGUAGCUGCGGUAAUAAUCUAAACGGCGAAUUUGUACCGCCAAAUAACAGCUCGUGUCCAGCUGACAUUUCCCAAGCUGGAACUACUGGUAUUGAAAUGAGGACCUCUCAGGGCAUGAUUGGCAGUGAAGGGAGGGCAUUCGAUGGUAUCACUUAUGAUCGAGUUAGGAUGGCUAUCUACAAAUCCGGAAGCAUUCCGGUCGUCAGCAGUUCGUUCUGUAGCUGA